GGGAUAGUUUAUACUGUUUUGGGGGUGAAAUUAGGGUUUACCAAAGGGUCUUUAACUGUUACUAUUAUUGGCAACGUGGCAUCGGUAAGAAAUUUCUACUAAUCUUUUGUACCCUGUUGCUUCUUGCACAGUUGAACUUCCCUGUUAAAAGCAGUUAAAAGAAAGGACGAAACGAAAGAGCACGAGUUUCCAAGAUCUAUAAGAAAAGAAAUUUUAUUUGAAAUAAUUUUACGUGAAAUCAUAAAGAAAUCAAUCGUUAUGUCUCUGUCAGUGGCUUUCGCUCUUUCCGGAUUGGGUGGCGACGAUAAUCUUUGGGGUGGCGAUUUUGGCGAAUUCUACAGAAAAGGUGAAAUGCUCUUCCCUAACGGAAUUCCGAAGAGCCCCAGCGUUUCGUCCAUCGCGUCCACUGCGAGCUCUUCUUCGAGGUACUCAUCUGAGAGCGGUAUCGCAUCGAUGUCGGAUUUGGGAAAUUCGUAUCAAGCUUUGGAAGAGCUAAUUGACAAUGUUUUCGAUGAACAAGGAUUUAGAAUGGUUGCACCAAAAAUUAAAAAGAUAUUACCGUCUUUAAAUUAUCCGCUGAAGAAAGAUGAAGAGGACAAGGAUAAAUCUGUGACGGUGAUGUACCAAGGCAGAGAUUUGCUGGAUCUGUACAAGAACAUCUCCGGAAACUCGUACACCAGAUCCAAUUCAGCGGUGCUCGCAUGCGGCAUCGGCACCUUCUACUUCGAGAACCGAUCUCAGUAUUCCCGUUUGCAGGGCGCUAGACCGCCACCUCACGCGAUUCUCUCGUGUCCCGACUGUUCUUUCACCGAAUCCAAAUACGACUGAACACACUAGAUGUAGAUGCUAUAAUUGUGAUACGAAGCAAUAUUUUUUUAUAUAUACAUACAUGUUUUACUCGUUGUUUUGUUCGGCGUUACGUGUUAUCUGUUUCAUUUAUUAUUAUUCAUUCAUUAAUUAAUUAAUUAACUAACGCGGUUCGAAUGUUCGAACCGAAGUGCGCUCAAAACCAAUUAAUUUAUUUUCUUUAUUAUUUUCGAAACUUGACGACGCAUCUUGGACCUCUCGGUUUAUUCUGAUUUUGUGCAUACAUAUCAGCUGGUAUGUAUACUGGAAGCUCCAAUUUGACAUCUCCAAGUUUACAUGCAAAUGUUACUAAUUGACGCCACUUAUCCUACAUAUUUUUUUUUGGUAUUUGUUUAAUUAUUAUUUUAUUUUUUUUUUACUUACAACUCGUCCGUUUCGUUUCGUGUUUUAAUUUAAUUAUGUUGUGUUUUUAUUUUACGUUGGAAGUUGUGCGAAGUCUAGUCCAGUCCUAAUUACUUACAUAGCAAAAAUUUAUUUUGUUAGAAAAAUCAAAAACAAGAUUGAAUUUCAAUCACGACUAAAUUGUUGAGCCAACUUGAUUGUCCGUAAUGGCGGCAAAUUUAAAUCAUUGAUCACGUGAUUAUUAUUAUUAUUUUUUUUUAUAUAUAAAUACGUUUGU